GGCAGUCCAAGUCGAAGGCAAGGAGAGAGAGAGAGAGAGAGAGAGAGAAUAGCGUUUGCUUUCUGCUCAAUGCUUCCUUAACCUACCAGAAACGCCGCCUUAUUCAUGUCUCUUUGAUUGUCAUAACGUAACAUAAACUCAUUCUUCUUCCUUUUCUCACUAAUAAAACUAUGAUUUUUCUCUCCUCCAUUCCAUCAUUAAUCUUAUUAUUAUAUUAUAUUUUAUAUAUUCUCGUCAACCAAAGGAAGUUGAGUGUAGACUUUUUCUUCCCCAUUUUUCAAUCUUUGUCUCAGUCCCACGAACCCCUUUCCCCCUCUCUUCUAUUCUCAACUCAUACUGCCACCUAUUCUUUCUCCUCUUAACCUUUGUAUUAUUUGAUUUUUUGAGUAUAGCGAAUAAAAGGGUCAGUUCCUGAUUUGGAUGAGCUGAACUGAAACUGGGUUUUCUUCUGAGGUGUUUUGUGCAUGCCCAGUUGUUCAAAAAUUGAAAUUUUGCUAUGGGGGGUCUUUGUUCCAAGUCUGUCAAAGGUGACAAGGUGUUUGCCAAGACUGAUGGACAUUCACAUAACCAUGAAUCUAGUGCUAAGAACCACAAGGCCACCAUGCCAAGUGAUUUGGAAGGUGCAGGGAAUGGAGUAGAGAAGAAAAAGCAAGAAGGGGAUGCAGGGACUGGCCCUGAUGUUGAUUUCUAUGAUGGAAUCCCACGUUACACUGAUUCUUUUCCUCACAAGUCUCGGUCAGUAAGAUCAAGGCAAGCUGCUGUGGCAAAGGUCUCAGAGGUGAGUUUACGCUUGGGCAGAGCUGGUACUAUUGGAUUUGGGAAGGCAGUUGAUGUUUUGGACACUCUUGGGAGCAGUAUGACAAAUUUAAGUGGUGGUGGAUUUGUAUCUGGAGCUGCAGCAAAGGGGAAUGAAAUUGGUAUUUUAGCAUUUGAGGUUGCUAACACUAUAGUCAAGGGUUUUAGUCUUAUGGAAUCUCUUUCAACAAGAAGUAUUAAGCAUUUAAAAGGAGAGGUGCUUCUGUUAGAGGCUGUGCAAGAUUUAGUAUCAAAGGAUAUGGAUGAACUUCUAAGGAUUGUUGCUGCAGACAAGAGGGGUGAGUUGAAAGUCUUCUCUGAUGAGGUAAUUCGUUUUGGAAAUCGUUCGAAGGAUCCCCAGUGGCACAACUUGGACCGAUACUUUGAGAAAAUUAGCAGAGAACUUAAUUCUCCAAGACAAUCAAAGGAGGAGGCAGAAUUGUUAAUGCAACAAUUGAUGACUUUGGUUCAGUUUACAGCUGAAUUAUACCAUGAAUUGCAUGCUUUGGAUAGAUUCACACAAGAUUAUCAUCAUAAGCGUGAAGAGGAUGAUAAUUCAGGUGCAGCUCAAAACGGUGAUAGCCUUUCAAUCUUGAGAGCAGAACUUAAAAGUCAAAAGAAGCAAGUUAAACAUUUGAAAAAAAAGUCACUGUGGUCCAGAAGUUUGGAGGAGGUUAUGGAGAAGCUUGUAGAGAUAGUACAGUUUUUGCAUUUGGAGAUAAACAAUGCCUUUGGCAGUGCAGACGACCAUAAACCAUUAAUUCGAACCAUCAGCAAUCGCCAAAGAUUAGGUCCUGCUGGCCUUGCUUUGCAUUAUGCUAAUAUAGUGCUCCAAAUUGAUACUCUGGUUGCCAGAUCCAGUUCUAUGCCUGCAAAUACAAGGGAUGCAUUGUAUCAGAGCUUGCCUCCUAACCUAAAAUCUACUUUGCGUUCCAAAUUACCAACCUCGAAUGUUGUAAAAGAGCUUUCUGUGGCAGAUAUUAAACAGGAGAUGGAGAAAACAUUGCACUGGCUGGUUCCCAUUGCUACUAACACAGCCAAAGCCCAUCAUGGUUUUGGUUGGGUAGGGGAGUGGGCAAGCACUGGCUCUGAGCUAAAUAAGAAGAACUUGAAGAGUGAUGUGAUGCGGAUUGAAACACUUCACCAUGCUGACAAAGACAAAGUAGAAAAAUAUAUCCUUGAACUUCUCCUAUGGCUUCACCGCUUGGCCAUCAAAAGUAAAACUGGAAUUGAUGCCGGAGAAAUGAGUUCUAACUUCAAGCCCCAAGUUGGCACUGCUCCACAAAAGACAAAUCAACAAUCCAGAAAUGCCUCACCGCCAUUACUAACACCUGAUGAGCAGGAUAUGCUUCAAGAUGUAAGUAAUAAAAUUCGUAUCAGAGGGGUUAGUAAAAGCUUGGACUUUGACAGUGUGAAGACUGGGUUGACAGAUAAUGGCAGACUCACCAAGAGUAGCAGUUAUUCAUCAGCAAGUAAAAGCAAGGAAAUAUCUUUUAAUAGAAUUUUGUCUAAACUUCCUGUGAUUGAUUUCGGUAUUGACAAAAAGAGAGCAUUGGAUGUGAUUGACAGAUUAGAUGUGGCCAGAUAAUUAUCAAUUAUUCUUGUGUGCCUUCAAAACAAAAGGGUAGUAGCAAAAAAGGGGACAGAAGAAUGGGACUUCAUGUGUAAAUAUACAAGCAUACUCAUGAUGCAAGUGUGUUGAAGGUCAAAUUUUGGCUGCACUUUUGGCACCCUGGAUUCCUUUGCUUCACGAGGGUGCUUUGUUUUGGUGAAAUGCUGCUCAUUAUCAUGCAUGAUGUAGAUAUGGAACCGAAGGAAUUGUUGACACGAUAAGUAUUCUUACUUGUACCAAUGUUACUGCAGUGCCCACUUGCCAUUGGAGCAGGGUGGUUUCUGUUUUUUUUUUUUGUUCUUGAGAGUGUAUAGACAAUGAGGAUAUGGUACUAAUGGUGGUUUUUCAUUACACGUAUAAUUGUUGGUUUGGUUACUUUCCCUAUGCAUAUUGACUCUGCCGAAUCUUGUAACUAUUUUUCUCAAGUGUAGACCAUGCUGUGAUAGAUCGUUGUCCUUGUCAUUGUUGGAUGAUAAAAAAUAAAAAAAAGCUUAAUG